UGGUACAAAACUAUUUCCACUCGAUAAGGUCUCUUCCGCUUCCUCUGAGCAGCAAACGCCGACGAAGAUGGCGUACCAUCUCUGCUCUUCGCCGUCCUACUUCCUCCAAGACCGCCAUCAUCCCUGCAGCUCCCUCCCUUGCCCUCCGAACAGCAAACUCAGAAGCUUCAAUUUCCCCCGCAAAUCAGAUUUCCUUUCGCUUCACUCGAAAUCCUCUUGUCAGGCGACCCAGGUGCCCGUGGAGGACGCAGUUUCCCAAGAAACACGGAACCCAGUACCGGAAUCACCGGAUUCUGAGCACCCAGAUGGGAAAAUCGGUUCUCCGUCGAGAAGCUACAUCUGGGUCAAUCCCAAAAGCCCCCGAGCUUCAAAGCUCAGGCAACAGUCGUAUGAUGCGAGGUACGCUUGUGUUUUGAACAUGGCCGAAUCGUUGAACUCGUGUGGUUCGACUGAAGAUGAUGUUUUCGGGAUCUUGAGGGGUUUGGGGGAUAAGAUAUUGGAACAGGAUGCUGUGGUUGUUCUCAAUAACAUGGCUAAUGCGGAGAAUGCGGUGCUUGCGUUGAAGUACUUCCAACAGAGGAUAAGACCAAGGAGGGCGGUGAUAAUGUAUAAUGUGACGUUGAAGGUGUUUAGGAAGUGCAAGGAUUUGGAUGGAGCAGAGAAGCUGUUCGCUGAAAUGCUUGAGAGAGGGGUAAAGCCUGAUAAUGUGACUUUUUCCACUAUUAUUGGCUGCGCUAGGAUGUGUUCUCUGCCGACGAGGGCAGUUGAAUGGUUCGAGAAGAUGCCUCAGUUCGGAUGCGAUCCUGACGAUGUUACGUAUUCAGCUAUGAUCGACGCAUAUGGUCGGGCUGGUAAUGUCAAUAUGGCUUUGAGCCUUUAUGACAGGGCUAGGACUGAAAAGUGGCGCGUCGAUGUUGUUACAUUCUCGACUUUGAUUAAGAUAUAUGGGCAGACGAAGAAUUUUGACGGGUGCUUGAAUGUGUACGAAGAGAUGAAGGCUCUUGGGGCAAAGCCAAACUUGGUUAUAUAUAACACGCUGUUGGAUGCCAUGGGCAGAGCUAUGAGGCCGUGGCAGGCCAAGAUCUUAUACAAAGAGUUGAUUAACAAUGGGUUUACCCCGAGUUUUGCCACUUAUGCAGCUCUUAUACGGGCCUAUGGCAAAGCUCGGUAUAGUGAAGAUGCUCUAGCUAUAUAUAGAGAGAUGAAGGAGAAGGGAAUGGAGUUGAAUAUAAUUCUUUACAAUACUCUCCUGGCAAUGUGCGCUGAUGUUGGUUACAUAGAUGAGGCAGUUGAGAUUUUUGAGGAAAUGAAGAGCUUCGGGACUUGCCAGCCUGACAGUUGGACAUUUUCAUCACUGAUUACUAUAUAUUCAUGUUGUGGAAAGGUCUCGGAGGCAGAGGGGAUGUUGGAUCAAAUGAUGGAGGCAGGUUUUGAGCCUAACUUAUUUGUUUUGACAUCACUUAUACAAUGCUAUGGAAAAGCCCAGCGCACAGAUGAUGUUGUUAGUACAUUCAAUCGACUCCUGGAGUUGGCCAUAACUCCAGAUGACCGGUUCUGUGGGUGUCUCCUGAAUGUGAUGACGCAGACCUCAAGUGAGGAUCUUGAUAAGCUCGUUUGCUGCAUUGAGAAGGCUAAUCCUAAGCUCGGAAAUGUGGUUAAACUACUUAUUAAAGAGCAUGAGAGUGAGUUGAAUUUUAAGGAGGAAGCACUGGAACUCUUUAAGUCCAUUAAUGCUGAUGUAAAGAAGGCCUAUUGCAAUUGCUUAAUCGACCUAUGUGUCAAUGCCAAUUUAUUGGAGAAGGCCUGUGAGCUACUAGACCUAGGGCUUACGCUUGAGAUUUACACAGACAUACAGUCCAGGUCUGCAACUCAGUGGUCUCUACAUUUGAAAAGUUUGUCCCUCGGGGCAGCUCUGACUGCGUUACAUGUUUGGAUUAACGAUCUGUCCAAGGCACUGCAAUCUGGGGAGGAGCUUCCUCCUUUGCUAGGAAUCAACACCGGACAUGGGAAACACAAGUACUCGGAUAAAGGGCUAGCGAGUGUUUUCGAGUCACAUUUGAAGGAACUGAAUGCCCCAUUCCAUGAGGCACCAGAUAAGGUUGGCUGGUUCUUGACAACAAAGAUUGCUGCACUGUCAUGGUUAGAAACCAGAAGCUCCCUUGAGUUAGAAGCUUCAUAAUCUUGCUUGCAUAAGGGGCUGAAAAGGACAUUAGAACCACUAUAGAGUCAAUCCUCCUUAGCUUGAAAGGUACUCUUUCCUGUGACUUCCCUCACCCUUGUCUUUGAGGGGGUAAUUUUUUCAUACAAUCUGAGACGGGAAUUGAUAGAUAAACUUGAAUGCAGAGAGUCAAUGAAUCUCUUGGAAUUGAUGUUCUGUUUAGGCAGCUAAUUCUCCUGUAUUUUGGGCAUUCCUGAUAUAUUCUCAGCUUACUCUGGACAAGCUUUGUAUGAGUCGCGGUGUGCAAUAGACAUGGAUUGGCAGCGUCUCUCUUUUAUGGUU